AUCGACCCUGCAUUCGCCUGUGCUCGUGGGCCUGUGAUCCUGUGCUCUAGUGCCGACUUUGGAAAAGCCGGGUACAGUAGCUGUAAAUGAAAUAGGCUGGGCAGAUGGGCAGGGUCCGUCCGACCGCAGCCAAUGAUAUUCACGGGAACUCUUUCAUGACGGGUUGCAAGGAUUCGAAAUGGACCCGGUCGCUGAAUUGAAUUAGCUGAAUCGGUGACGCUCUUGGGAUAUAUAAGAUCGGGUCGAUCCCGUUCGUCAUCCCCGGUCGCUCGCUACGAAUUAUUCGAAGGAAGCAUCAGCCGAGAUUUUUCGUACCAUCUCAGGACUAUCGAUCGCCAGGUCAUCCCCAGCGACGUUCGCAAACCACCCGAGGACGACUCGUAGGACCCCCUCGACCUCCCUCAUCAUCCCAUCAUGAAGUUCCUCAAGAGUCUCAAACCGCCCGGUCGGACGCCCGAUGUCAUCGUCAACCCGUUCAGCAUCAUGCGGUCGAUCGAUUUCACCGGAUGGAUGCUCUUGCUCUCCGGUUGGCUCGCUUGGACGAUGGAUGGGUACGAUUACUUCAGUGUCAGUCUGACAGCCAAACGUCUUUCCGUGCAAUUCGGCAAGAGUUCGACCGAUAUUACCACCGCCAUCACCCUCACCCUUCUCUUCCGAUCGGUCGGAGCGGUCAUCUUCGGUGUCGCCGCCGACCGAUACGGCAGGAAAUGGACGCUGGUCAUCAACCUGUUGUUGAUCGCCAUAUUCGAGCUGGGGUCGUCGUUCUGUAACACGUACCAGCAGUUCUUGGCGGUCAGGUCGUUGUUCGGGAUAGCGAUGGGUGGAAUUUGGGGUCUGGCCGCAUCGACCUCUCUCGAAAACAUCCCCCCUAACGCCCGAGGUCUCGUCUCUGGUUUCCUCCAACAAGGCUACGCCGUCGGCUACCUCAUCGCAGCCGUCGUCAAUCUGACUCUCGUACCCAACAACCCUCACACCUGGCGAGCCCUGUACUGGGUCGGAACCGGUUUGUCGGUAUUCGCCGCGAUCUUCCGAUCAUUGUUGCCAGAGAGUCGGUCGUUCCUCGAGGCCAAGCUGGAAGCCAAGUCUAGAGGUGAUACCGGGACAUCGCCGACAAGGGCUUUCUUGAAGGAGGCCAAGGCGAUGUUGAAGACCAAUUGGAAGCGAGCGAUCUGGGCAGUGUGCUUGAUGACCGGAUUCAACUUCCUCUCCCACGCCUCUCAAGAUCUCCUCCCGCUCUUCUUGCAGGACAACAAGCUCUUCUCCCCGCACAACACGAGUCUGAUCGCGAUCAUCUCCAACUGCGGAGCCGUCGUCGGAGGGAUCACCGCCGGGUACUUUUCCCAGUACACGGGGAGGCGGCUGGCUAUCAUCAUCAUGCUCGUCUGGACGGGCGCUUUCAUCCCGUUGUGGAUCUUGCCUUCUUCGUUUGCUGGUAUCAGCGCGGGUGUCUUCUUCCUCCAAUUCGGUGUUCAAGGAGCAUGGGGUGUCGUCCCCAUCUACCUCUCCGAGUCCUCUCCUCCCGCCUUCCGAGCGUCCUUUGCCGGAAUCGCCUAUCAACUGGGUAACAUGGCCUCGGCCGGAUCCGCGCAGAUUGAAGCGAGGGGAGGUGAAAAUUGGAGGACGACCGUUCAGGGGAAGAAUGUACCGGAUUACGCCAAGGUUCAGGGUGUCUUGCUAGGAGUGAUCAUCGGCUGGACCUUGAUCAUGACCCUACUCGGACCCGAGAACCACGGAAGCCGAUUCGAACAAGCCGUUGCCACUCGAGAAGGAGCGGGCAAGAUGCGCAACGAAGAUUUGGUCGAGAACCAUCGGGUCUUGCAGGACGAUAACGCCGAGGCAGGCGAGGUUUAUGAUGUCAAGGCCAAGGGUAACGUGGAGCACGUCGAGAAGGGGGUUGUAUAAGGAACUCUGGGAUAAGCAAAGUCGUUUGGUAUUAUAUUGUAACUUGUUGUGCUCUGAAAAGUAAUUGAAGGAAGGUAAUCACGUAAUACUAUCGCAAUUUCACUU